CUGUGGCGUGUGGUCGCCCUCCCUUUCUGCCAGGAAGUUCAGGAACUCGGUCACCGCCCCGGCCUUCCCACUCGGCCCCCGUCGAUUCGUCUCCUCCAUUGUUGGGCAACAGUCUAUCUCAUCGAAACGGUCUUGACCGAAACUCCCUACGCGCUGAACGGCUUCUAAACUUUUUCAAACGUUUGUUAACAUUUUGUCACAUUCAGUCGAGAGGAAGAGGCUUUAACUUGUGUCGACAGGCGAGCGCAACUGACGGAAGCCUUUAAGAACCAGUCAAUAUGACGAGCAUCAACACACCUAACAUCAACUUCAAAUGGGACCCAAAGAGCCUGGAGAUUCGUACUCUGGCAGUGGAGAGGCUACUGGAGCCCCUUGUUACCCAGGUCACCACUUUAGUCAAUUCGAGCAACAAAGGCCCAUCUAACAAGAAGAAGGGGCGCUCUAAGAAGGCUCAUGUUCUGGCUGCGUCAGUCGAGUCUGCUACCCAGAACUUCCUGGAAAAGGGAGAAAAGAUUGCAAAGGAAAGUCAAUUCCUUAAGGAUGAACUCACUGCUGCAGUGGAGGAUGUCCGCAAGCAAGGUGAAGCGAUGCGGCAGGCCUCUGGGGAAUUUGCAGAAGACCCCUGCUCUUCUGUGAAGAGGGGCAAUAUGGUCCGUGCUGCCCGGGCCCUUCUUUCCGCUGUCACACAUCUGUUGGUUCUGGCAGACAUGUCGGAUGUCUACAAACUUCUGGUGCAACUCAAACUGGUGGAGGACAAUCUGCUGAAAGUGCGGAACGCAGGAACAGAGCAGGAGCUGGGGAUCCAGUAUAAGGCCUUGAAACCAGAGGUGGACAAGUUGAACAUGAUGGCUGCCAAGAGACAGCAGGAGCUAAAGGACGUYCAUCACAAGGACCAAAUGGCCGCAGCACGGGGGGUGCUGCAAAGGAAUGUCCCUAUGCUGUACACGGCAUCCUGCGCCUGCCUGCAGCAUCCUGACGUGGCAGCCUACAAGGCCAACCGUGACCUGAUCUACAAGCAGCUGCAGCAGGCCGUUUCUGGAAUCUCCAAUGCUGCCCAGGCGACUUCCACAGAAGACUCAGCCCUGGCCCAGCCCGGGGGGGCCGGAGAGCUCGCUUACGCCCUCAACAAUUUUGAUAAACAAAUCAUUUUGGAUCCUGUGGGCUUCACCGAGGAACGCUUUCGUCCUUCGCUGGAGGAGCGCCUGGAGAGCAUUAUCAGUGGAGCUGCUCUCAUGGCUGACUCUUCAUGCACACGUGAUGACCGCAGGGAGCGCAUUGUGGCUGAAUGCAAUUCAGUGCGCCAGGCUCUGCAGGACCUCCUGUCUGAGUACAUGGGGAAUGUAAGUGUCUUCAUUUUCUAAAUCGUUGUGAAACUGACAGGUCUUUAGCAGCUUGUUAAACUUUGACAUCCAGAUACUUUCUGCACUUUAGAACCAUCACAAAUGCAGAAAAAAUAAAUCAAAGAUCAAAGCAGUAAAAUAUUACAAAAGCAUUUUUUUUUUGAGAAUUUUUAAAAUACUUUUACAUAUGGCAGAUUAAAUUCUCUUAUCCUUUUCUUAUAACCUUGGGCCUUUGUUUUUCAGUAUUUCCAGUUUUUGUUCCUUUUCUUGUUAUUUAUACUUUGUCAUAGUUCUGACAAUUCCCUUUUUAUACCACUGUUUCACCUGUUAUCAAUCCACAGCCACAUCCACUUUAUUUUCAGAUCUAAUCCAGUUAAACAAAAUUAGAUGUUUAUUUUAAAGCAACUUUUAUUUUUUGUUUACAUUGAACUCCUACCCACCUCUUCAUUAGUCCACUAUGACUAGAGAAAUGAAGAAAUGAAUAUCAUCAACACUGAUGGUGAAUGGACAUGACAGUGAUAUGACUACUCAUUUGGCCAGAUGAAGAAAAUGGAUUGGAAGCAUAAUAUGUUACUGCCUGUCAUGUGCAUUUAAUGGCCUAAUUUAGCCUCUGAGAUCUAUGGCAUGUGACAUGUGGUUAGCAUAGUGAGAGGAUGUGACCUGGUGCCUUAUAGCAGUGAUAGGCUGUUGGAUGACUUGACUACGUYUGUCGAGUAUUUGAAACAUAAACAUCGCAUGGCUUUAUGACCAUAUGUUUACGUCUUUUAUGCUAUUCAAUUGAAUUUGAGCCCUUAAGCAAAGUAAAUAAGACUGACAAUGGCACCUGACCUGUUAGUGGGUUGGGUAUAUUGGGCAGAAAGGGAACAAUUUGUCCUCCUAGUCAAUGGGUUAAAAGAAAAAUGGGUAAAUGUGAUGUUGGGAAGGGUCAAAUUGGCCUGAGUGUCGCUCAAAACUGCAGCUCCUGUGGGUUUUAUGGGUCUGCAGUGCUCUAAACUCUGAAUUUCAACAUUGCGCCGCCAAUAAACUUUGUUUGCAAUAGCUCUUACAGACAUAAUUUUUAAGUGUUACUUUUAAUAAACAAAUGCCAUUUUUAAUUUGUUCAGUUUACAAUUGCCGGUGCUACAUGUGUAACGCUGAUUUUGGGCGCACUUUUACAUGUCUCUUGUGAUAUACAUGCAUCCACCUCAUCUUACUACUUUUGAUGUGAGGAUUGGCCAUAUUGACACGUGAAGUCUGCUGUACAAGUCAUAAGUGGGCGUAGUCAGCGAUGCUCCAAGUUUCCCAGUAGGAAAUCUGACUUCGGAGAGCAUUCCAGUUGAUUUUUCCAAUUGAGAAGUGUGAACUGGAACGCAGCAUUAGUGUGAAGUGUUCACUUGGCAUCCAAGUGGAACAUGGAUGGAAUUGGACUAAUGGAUUUGCUAACAGGUGCGAGGUGGAGCCUCACAACUUGCAGGACUUAAAUGAUCUGCUGCUGCUAACAUCUUGUGUCAAGACACACCAGACCACCUUCAGGGGGUUAAUAAGAGUCCAAACCAGUAGGUUCAUGUUGUUUGGCCAAGGUGAACCAUAUUUUAUUUGAAUAUCUUUAAAAUAUAUUUGUAAAGACACGUGCUAUUCACUCAAGCUUUAUAUUAUAUAAUGAAGAAAAAUAUCGAAUCGGUUGGGCAGUUCAAUAUUAGGAAAAGUAGUGGUACUUAUUGGUUGAAUAGAAGUGACAAAUGAUAAAUUGAGGUGUACCAACAACAACAACGGAUAUAAAGGUUCACACAUAAAGUUAUUUGUGGUAAAAACAUCAUAUAAAAAAAAUUAUACACUGUUCAAGACUAGAUGAAUGUAGUAACUAAUUUGGUUGUGAUGAGGUCACAUGCUUUUCACAUUCGGUGCACAUUUUGACAUUUUUACCUCACUCAGCUUUAAUUGAAUCAGAAAAGGCUGUAGGAGUUUGUUCCAAUAUACCUACCAACACUUGGCUUCAGAAGUGUAUUAUAGGGAAAUGCAUUUUCUUUUUAAUUGUGCAUAAUCUGGCUUCUCAUCGAUUCUUUAAAAAAGGUAAGUUAAACAAUGUUAAUAAUGUCUCUUUAACUUGAAAUUAGAAAUUUCUUUCAUGGAUUUAAGCUACAUAUUGCCAGUAGAAAAAAAGUAAAUGGGCCACAUAUGGAAAUGGUAUUAUUGGUGUUCCAGCUGGGUUUUUGAAGACACCACCGACUCAAAAACACAAAUAGAACAUUGCCUCCUUUUUUUGGCCCUUUCUGUGUAUAAAAAUCUAAUUCUGCGAGGGUUUCAGACUUGCAAAGGGAAAAAUAUUAAAUUUCUUCUGCUCCAAGUAGAGAAAUCCUGUCUCAUCUUUAUUUCCUUUUAACCUUAACUUCAAGCAGCAUUCAUGCUGCUUUCAGUGUACCUUAGCAGAGGGAAGGAAGUUUUCUUUUUUUUUUUUUUUUUUGUUCCUGUGACUUUGCUUCAUGGGUUGCAUUGGACUGCAAAUUACCACCAGAAGUGUGAAAUAAUUUCUCAUUAAGCUGUUUUUUUCUGACACGCAAACAGGGGAAUCUGACUUUUUUCAACACUAAUGAAUCAAUUCUGAUUACUCAGAAAGUAAAUGAUUAACAGAAUAAAAACGACUUUAUUUUCUUAAAAUAGCCUAUAAAAUGCUGUGCAUGCACGCGCGCGCACACACACGCACACACACUCCCACAAUUAGCACCCAUGUUUUAGUUGCUAGUGAACCAAACGGAUAUCAAAAGAACUGGCAAAUUUUUACAACCUAAAUUGUGCCAGUAAACUUUACUUUCUCUAAAAGGUUACAUAGAUAUAACCGUUUGAGAACCUCUGCUACAGUAUCACCUCGGUGUGAGUCUUGUCUCGUGAAUUUGUCUGUAUUAUAUAUUUGUAUUCCUUGAUGUAUCAAAAAAAAWAAUGUUUUGGCAAAUAUACAUUUUAUAUAUCCUGCAGAACGUAACAUACUUCAGCUUGAUGUACCAAGCGAAAACUUAAUAUCGUUGGCUGUAGAACGGUGAUCUUCCAUCAAUCAGGAUAUUACUAGUUUUAUCUUUUUUUUCUUUAUUUCAAGUUGAUGUACUGGCCAACUGAUUAAAUUUGACGUUGGCCCUCAGUUUGUUUCUCGCCUCUAAAUAUCUUUGGGCAGAAGUGUCUGCUAAAUAAGUGUGAUGCUUUGGUGAUGUAAACCUAAUUAGCCAUGCACAAAUUGGCUUUCUGUGGCAGCCGAUGUAAACAGAAAUUGGAGCUGAAUUACAGCGCUAGUCUUAUUCAUUACUAGAGUUUGGAUUGGGACGUCCCUAUUGAAAUUGUUUUGUUGAAUUAUUUGGAUUAGGCAAGCAUUUUUUUUUCUUAUUUGUGUGGGAAAAACAAUAUUAUGUUAAUGAUGAUCGCUUAAAAGAUUGUAGUCCAUCUCCUCAGCCAGUGAAGUGGAAAGGUGGAUAAGUGGUUAUGUUGCUCUUGCUCUCCCACAUUGUGAAACCUCAAUUAUUCCAUAUAGCCAUGAAGGUUUUACAUCGCACAUGCAAAGUGUAACAGUUUCUGACAUUUUGUAUUAUUCAAGCAUCCCUUGUUACUAGCAUGUGUCAAGGGUUGUCUCACGUUGCAAAAUAAUGCUUCAUUGCUCUGACAUACACAGUAACUGACAGUCCCUGCAAGUUCAUUAGCAUUUUCACCUGUUUGAAAAUGACAUGCAGUACCUGGCAACUGCAGUGGGAUCCCACAUCCCUUUCCUCUUCAUUUAUAUUUAGCUUAAAGCAGUAUUAGCACUUGGCACUCCUUAACAUUUCUUGUACAGAUUGAACAUCUGGUUUAAUCCCAUUUCCUCCUUUGCAGUCUUCUUCCUGUUUGUUCCUUUCUCCUCUGAUGGCUUACUCUCCCCCCAACUCUUACUUUUUGCCUUGGGCACCUUAAGUAAGUGGAAGAAUUUUAGUUCAAUCCAAUUUUCUCUCUGCCUGCACAGAUGCAUCUCAUUAAAAAUAUAUAUUUUGGCGGACUACUUAAGGUUUACAGUGUGUAACUAUCUAGUUGCUUUUUCUGACCAUUGUUGGGGCAUGAACUGAAUGUCUUAUAACCUGAACCUGAAGGAUUUCUGCUGUAUACACAUUGAAUACUUUAAAUAAUUAAAACUUUGUAAAAUACAAUGUGCGACACUAGGAGGAGAAUAGAAACACCGUGUUUGAGUGAACAAUCCAGUGAGUCCACUGCUAGGACUGUCUAAAACUGGGAAAGUAAUCCAUCAUUUUCACUUUUCAGAUUUUGAGGACAAAUUUGAAAUUUGUCCUCGGUUUUGAGGGCAGAUUUCAUGUGGACUCUCCAAYCAUACACCGAAAUAUUCUACGCUGAGUACACUUUCUUCAAAAUGCUGAACAUUUAGGCCAAAACACAAACGAAUGAUAAGGAAUUUUUGGUUGUCCCCCACAAUGGGAAUUACCUUACCAUUUUGUGAACCCAUUCUCCUGUUUGAAGUAGUUACACUUUCACACCGUUACCUAUCUCAUCUAACACUGACUCUAGCUGACUUCAGUGCUCCGAAUACAAAGCAAAUGAUAUGCAUCAAAUUUAAUACAUACAUUUUAUAUUUCAUGGAGAACUUUUUAAAGAAACUAAAACUGUCUCAUAGCUGAGAAAUUGAUCUUUUUUUAUUAUCUUAUCUGAAUCCAUAAUUAAAACAAAUUACACACUGCACACUGUAACACAGAAAGGAUCUAGUAUCCUGAAGGCUUUACUUAUAUUUAUGGCCUCCAUAAAACAUUAGUCUGUCAGUCGACGCUUGUCAGGCAACAUUUCUUCGAUGUGUCCCUUUGAUCUCAGGUUGGUGGAUUCUGGGUCUUCGGAUCGGCUUUACUGUCGCGUAGAUGGGUUGAACCGUUUUUCUCAGCAGUGAGGAAGAAUAAUGCAGUGAACUCACAAUAAGAAGCUCUGUGAUUUGGCAACUUGACUCGUCUCUCUUUUCACAGUUGUUCAGCCUUGUUUUCAUUAUCUCCUGUUGUGCAGGACAGCUGAACCAUUAACAGCCAAAUCAAUUAACAAAAAGACCAUUUGGGGAGUARAAACAAAUUCCUUCAGUCGUAAAAGUAAAACUUAAUGCAGCAAUUGUGCAUGUUCAAAAGUUUUGAACGUUUGUUUUGCAUGUAGAGUCCACUUAUGCUUCGAGAACCUGUUAGAUGUAAUCUGCUUUAAAACCAGAGCUUGUUUUCACCUCUGUGUUGCCACAUUGAAGUAACAUGCAUAUUAAUCCACAUCAUAAUGAAUGCUAUCUUAAAUUGAGAACUGAUAAACUCAUGGUCCAUAACUUGACCUGGAGGAUAUUUUUUUUUAUUUACUGAAAUAUUUUAAAUGUAUUUAUUGUUGUUAACCUUGUUCAUUUUAAAUCAAUGAUGCAUGACAAAAUAUAUGCUUUAACUUUUUAGACACUUUAUUUUUCCCAACUUAAAAAAGAUGUUGAAAUCUACUUGAGAGUCUCAUGCUUACUGUUGAGGUUUUAUUUGUGCAAUUUUAAUUUGACAAAAAAUACCUGAAUAUUGUAUUUUUUUUAAUCCCCUUAAAGUUUAAAAAAACUGAUGCGAAUAAGUCUGAAUACUUGUAUUUUCGUCCAGGAUAUUCUAACUUGAACAUUUUAUAGCCCAAAAUAAAUAGUUUGAAUACGUUUUAAGUGAAGGCAAAAGGCUUAUAAAUGGAAUAAGUUCUCACUCGUAUACCUGCAAGAGUCUUUACUGUUUUAGAGCACCUCUGUUUUCAUCACAUAACUCUUAAUCUGCCUUUCUGUGAACUUUCAUGUUGAGGAAGUCUUUGAUAUUAAAUGAGUGGUCUUUGCAAAAGAGUAUUUGAUUUGCCCAUUGAAUUAAGCAGACUUAAACUCAAAAGUAUGUGGAUCCCUCAUGCUUUUUUUUUUUUUUUUUUUUUUAGGAUGGUGCAAUAGUUACAUUUGCUUUAUUUUUUUGUUCAGGGGUUUAUAUAAAGAAACGGCACAAAAAAAAAACAUUGCUCUGUGUAGACAGCUCACCUCUUUAUCAGAAAGCAUUUGCACACAGACACAAUUUUACACCCACACUAAGACCUGCUGGCUGUAGUUGUUUCCAGUUCACCUGGGAACAACUUCAUGUCUGGGAGCUCUAGUUGAGCCGCAGCUCAAACGUACUGCGAAGAAUAAUUGGAUCACAGAUGGAGAAGAACUGUAUAUCUUUGGGAAACAAAAGUGGGCUGCUUAAUUUAUAAUAAGAUGAUUGGUGAAUGUAAGAUUCACCAAAACAUUAGACGCAUUCAAACGUGGUUACGAUGGAGCAUACUCUUAAAGGAUUGCAAACUAAUUUCUAUAGGAAUAAAUUGACUUUUGUCCUAAUUUGCACCCCAAAAUUUAAAUGAAGUUUAAGGAUGGAAAAUUAGGGUUUUGUAAUAAGAUAGGGCAUACUUAUUAAAGGGGAAAAAGUCUUUCUUGUGUAACUGAAGUUAUUCAAAUUAAUUUGUAGCGCAAAUCUUUUAGCUUUUUGCAUGGAAUAGACAGUUUCACCACGACAUUAUGAGGCUCUCCUAAACAUGCACAUGUCACCUUCACUGAACCCCCAUAACUAGUUUGCUUCACAUUGAUUUGAGCUGUUGCUGGUAUUUUCUACAGCUUUUGUAAGUCAAUGUUUAAAAUAACAGCAAUAUUGCACGAUACAAUAUGAAUCUACAUAAAUAUACUCCUCAAUAUAUGAAGACAAAUUCAUUUGAUGUGUUUAAAAUGUCCUUUGUAAUAUCACUGAUAAAUGUAUGCUAUUUGAGUAAUUUUAAGAGGAUAAUUACAUCCUUGUUGGCCAUCAGUCAGCAUCCAGUUAUUUAAAAACUCUUAGCCAACAUUUAACUAAAGCAGUAGUUCAAAUAACUUGUGGGUACCUUCUGGCCAUAUAUAUAUAUAUAUAAUUUUUUUUUCAUGCAACCAUGAGCUACUUCAACUUGAUGAAAUCAAUAUGAUAUAUUGGGUAUCAUAAGGUUAAUAUGUAGAUGGAUGGCUGGACACAGAGACAUAAAGAUUGAUAGAUAAUCACUGUAAUUGGUCAUUAGUGCAAUAUUAAUAUCUAUAUCGGCCCAACUUUUAUUACUGGUGCAGCCAAAGAUAUAACAAUGUACAUUAAWUCUUAAAUUGURUAAUGGAUUGACUUGAAAGAAAGACCAAACCAAGAUGUCAGCGUACAUCAGUUUGCAAACGAUUUGCAAACAAUUAUAACCAUUUUAUUUAAAAAAUAUAUGUUUUGAAGGGACAAUGGUUUUUUUUUCUUUUCUUUUUUUCCAGUUUGGCACAUCUUAUCCACUAUACAGAUAUGAAAUUGUACAUAUUACAAUACAAAAGGAAAAUGGGAAGAUAAAAGCAUUCAGUUUUGCACAAAGAGUUUGGAAAUGAGUAGGGAUUCUUUAAGUUUUUCUUUUUUUUUUCUUUUUUUUUUUCCAUUUCAGCGAUUUUCAGCAGGGAGAGAAGAUCUAGAGGAUGACGAGAGGAAACAAAACGGUUUACAAAGAGCCAAAGUGCAAAGGGAUGCAUAAUUCUACAAAUUUUGUGGAUUUUCAGUCACUUGRUACAAUUGUAGUCUUAAACAGUAAAAUGUAAAUGUCAUGAUUGCCAUAACUCAUAGAAUUUAAUUUACUUUUGUAUCCAUCAGAAAAUGGGGUCUCGUAACGUUUACUGAAUGAAACUGAGAAGUGUUUUACUGAAAGUUGGACUUUUGAGCAUGCAAGGUCAGAAGGGCAGCAGUAAAAGCAGUGCGAAGCUAGAGGGUAAACUUGAAAUUAGAAAGGGAAUUACUUGGCUUUGGGAAAAAAAUGGUUUUAACUAAAAGUGUAAAAAGUUUUUGGUUUACUUACACAAUUUGUGUUUGAUGGCAUGAACAUUUUUAGAGACGCACUUAUACAAAUGUGUUUUAUGUAAAAACCUGAAGCCAAAUUUUCAUAACCUAGGAGACAAACYCACAAAUAAUACCUUCUGCCUCGGCCCAAAUAGAGAAAUCCUCUCAUUCUUGUCAUAUGGUACAUYUUUCUUAACGGUGCUGUGGAAUUGGAGCAAUGCCUCAUUGUGGAGUGAUGUGAAAUCAAAAGCUGCUCUGUUGUGCGUUUAAAGCACAAGCAAUUAUAAUAAAUCCCAUUUUAUUAUUAAGUUGUUUUAAACUUAAGUUAUCUACCAAUUUGUGCCCUCUUUUCAUCCCGUCAAUUCAUCUCAAUCCCACUUACUUUCACCCUGCCCCCACUCUUGAAUCGAACAUGAAGUGCGAAGCUGCAGCAGCAGCUUCAGACUGAUGCUAAUGCACAUCUUCUCUCUGCUGCAUACAAAUGUGUCCUCACCAAAGCCUGCUGUUUGCUUAUCACUGGAUCUCAAUUUGCCUAGAGUAUUGAGCACAGUUUAGCUCAACACUUGUUAGUCCAAACAGGAGAACAGAUAUAUUUGUUGAAUGUGAAUCCAUUUUUCAGACUGCAAGUUACAAUUUUAUUGAUGCUGUUGUAUAAAAUAAGUUUAGGGGAGUUGUUGGUGUUAUCUCACAAAUGAUGACAAACAACUACAUUUUACUGAUGGAAGAGCUAGAUGUUGCUGGUUCACUGGUGUGGGACACAGAAUAUUAAGAUUCUUUUUGCCUUGCCUUAAUUGGCUCAAUCUUGAACCCGUCAGUCCUGAUUAGAGUGUAAGCGUAAGAGGGUGGGCUUCUGGGAGAGGUUUUUAUUUUCAGCAUAAAAUGUUCUGGCAUUUACUCUGUUCAUUSCCCUUUYACUUGCUACUCGCAUAUCACGUAAAUCUAGAAAUUGAUCCUGUUAUGGCAGAUCAGCAUAUUGUACUUAAUUAAAUUAAGCCCCAAAAAUAUUAUGGUCACAGUUUGUAUGGCCUUUACAAAAUGUGUAAUCCAUAUACAAAUAAUUGUACAUUAAAGGUUUGUAGUUUUUUUUUUUGUUUAGUUUUUUUUUCAUUUUUUUUUUGUCUGUCAAAUGUGAAGUUGACAUCCAAGAUGGUUUUUGCUUCCUUUAAAGAAGGGUAAAUUGGAUAUUAACCAUAGUU